UGGGGCGGAGUCACUUUACACAACUUAGCUUUUUAAAAGCGUCUGUUGUGUCGCCUGUAACUUAUUCCUCCAGUACCACUUGGGGACGCAGAGAGAGACUGAUAAACAGACUAAGAAAACAAAAAACAAGACUCAUCCUGAGUCCAUUUACUUACGACUUAUGUUCGGUUAUCUACAGCGACUGCGUGUUGGAAGACGUGGCCAAGUGUGAGCGCUGCUGCCAUACAAAUAUGUGCCACUAAUAUACUUCCGGAGUUUCAUUCAAUGGGCGCCCUCAGAUAGCAACAUUAUUCGUUUUUAAGUCGUACCUGUGUGAAUGAAUGUAAAGUGUAGCCUUUAGUAGACGAGAAGCCUGAGACAUCUUCCACAAAAUAUCCCCUUCAAGAGGGGCAUCGGAUGGAUUAUUUAAACCUUAAUGCUUAAACCAAAUAGAAAUUCCCCUGAGAGAUGGUGGAUGAAUCUGUUUGCAUCUAAAAAGACACCAAGCCAAAGAAUUAAAAGAUUAUAUAUGUUUGUAUUAUUUAGAAUUCUACAAGUAAUUAUUUAAACAUGGCAGCAUCAAUGGAGGUAGCAGACAUUACAGUUGUUGCACUUUAUUUUGUCCUGGUGCUUGGCAUUGGAUUUUUUGCUAUGUGGAAGGCCAACCGCAGCAGUGUAAGUGGUUACUUCCUGGCUGGUCGAACUAUGAACUGGGUGGUGAUUGGAGCAUCACUGUUCGUCAGCAACAUUGGCAGUGAACACUUUAUUGGCCUAGCUGGCUCGGGGGCAGCAAGUGGUUUUGCUGUAGGCGCCUGGGAGUUCAACGCCCUCCUUCUCCUUCAGCUUCUGGGCUGGGUGUUCAUUCCAGUUUAUAUCCACUGUGGGGUUUACACAAUGCCAGAAUACCUCUCAAAGCGCUAUGGUGGAAAACGGCUAAAGAUUUACUUUGCUGGACUUUCCCUUUUGCUGUACAUCUUCACCAAACUGUCAGUGGACUUGUAUGCAGGAGCUCUUUUCAUCCAGGAGUCCUUAGGCUGGAAUCUGUAUCUGUCAAUCAUCCUGCUCAUUGCAAUGACGGCACUGCUGACAGUGACAGGUGGCCUGGUUGCUGUGAUCUACACUGACACUAUUCAGGCCAUACUUAUGAUCAGCGGAGCUUUGAGCCUUACAGCCAUCAGCUUGAUCAAGGUGGGCGGACUAGAUGGUGUUAGGGAGAAAUACAUGGAGGCUGUUCCAAAUGUCACUGCCAUUCUUGCCAGGCACAACUAUAGUUUUGAGUACACCAAUUCCUGUCGCAUCCACCCAAAGCCAAAUUCCCUCAAGCUCCUACGAGGGCCCCUUGAUGAGGACAUCCCCUGGCCUGGGUUCCUUUUAGGCCAGACUCCAGCAUCCAUCUGGUACUGGUGUGCUGACCAGGUCAUAGUACAAAGGGUACUUGCGGCUAAAAACAUUGCCCAUGCAAAGGGCUCAACCCUAAUGGCAGGCAUACUGAAAAUUCUUCCUAUGUUCAUCAUCGUUAUUCCAGGAAUGAUCUCCAGAAUAAUGUUUGCAGAUGAGCUGGCAUGUAUUGGGCCUGAGCACUGCAUGGCAGUGUGCCACAGCCAGGCUGGCUGCUCUAACAUUGCCUACCCUCGACUGGUCAUGAGCGUUAUGCCAGUGGGCCUGCGUGGACUGAUGAUGGCUGUUAUGAUUGCUGCCCUCAUGAGUGACUUGGACUCUAUCUUCAACAGUGCCAGCACCAUCUUCACCCUGGACAUCUACAAGUUGGUGCGCAAGUGUGCCUCUUCCCGAGAGCUGGUUGUCGUGGGCCGGGUGUUUGUGAUCAUCAUGGUAGGCAUCAGCAUUGCCUGGGUGCCAGUUAUCAUUGAGAUGCAAGGUGGACAAAUGUACUUGUACAUCCAAGAAAUGGCAGGAUAUCUUACACCACCCAUUGCUGCUCUCUUUCUGCUUGGCGUCUUCUGGAAGCGUUGUAACGAGACAGGUGCCUUCUGGGGUGGCAUGACUGGCUUUGUUCUGGGUACCACACGUCUUAUCCUUGGUUUUGUAUAUCGUGAACCCCGCUGUGAUCAGCCUGAUGAGCGACCCGCCUUCAUCACACAUGUCCACUAUAUGUACAUAGCUGCUGGACUCUUCUGGAUCUCAGGCCUGGUAGCUGUGGUCGUUAGUCUUUGUACUCCUCCUCCAACCAAGGACAAGAUUGAGCGCACCACCAUGUGGGGACUGCGCAAUAUGGAAAAGUUGCCUCUGGCUGAUCGGAAAGAGAUCUACAAGCUGGCCAAUAAGAGUUCUGCCUACUGCAAUGGCAAUGGCAUCUGCCAAAAAGAACUGCCUCUAGAUGUACACAAAGAACAAUGUCUUGAUGGAGCUGAUAUUAAACUCCUUAUGCCUUGCCCUAGUGACCAGGAUCCUACAACACCCAGCACAGAGGCAUCGACCCCAGUGGGGACAUACAGUAAUGGCCACGCAGAGCUAGUAGAGCAAAAGACUGAAGGCAAGAGCAAGUUAGGGGCUUUCUUGUGUUUAUUUGAUUGGCUUUGUAAAAACAAAGAUGAGACAGUGGCGUCAACACCAAAAGUCAAUGAAGAAGAUGAACGUGUCAUUCAGGAAAUGCUUUAUGAGCCCCCUAAAAUCAAGCUUUUGUUAAACUUUUGGUUAGUAAUAGUCUGUUCUGUGGGUGUCGUCAUGUUUGUCUAUUUCUCCCUGUAAUAUGUUGAUUUUCUCACUGUUCACGUGUAUGAUUUAUUUAUUACUAUAAAAGCUGUGUGGAUUCUCUAAAAAUAUAUGAUUUUUUUUGUAGCAUUUAAAAGAGGGGCUUUCUGGAUAUUCUGGAAAAAAAAUAUUCCAUUGUCUUCAAAUCAAAUCACCAAUUAAGUGAAUAUAUUACAACCAAAAGCACUACUGAUACAGUGGACCAUCAUAUAUUAAUAUAUAAUAAAUAUAAAAUUUGUGAAUUCUGCCUUAUUUAUUGUAAGCACUCCCUUAUCAAAGCAUCAAACAUGGGGUGAUGGCUGUGUCUUGUAUAUGCAUAUAUAUUUGUUGUUUAUCCAUUUCGAUGUGUAAUAUCAUACAAACCUCAACAGAAGUAGCAAAUUUGCCACCUAUAUUGUCUAAUUAUUUCAAUUUUUGAAACAUUAGUAAAUACAACAUUUAAAUUAGAGUCAUUUUUUUUGAGAUUUAAGCCACAUUUUAACAUUGAAAUUUAACAUAACUAUCUUUCUAUAUGCUAGUGAGUAUUCAGUCACUGUAUGUCUAGUGGGCUCUUUUUAAUUUGGUAUUUUUGCUGCAUCACAUAAAUCAUCAACCUCUAAGAGCAAUGUUUAGUGCACAUACAGUAUGUACACAAAUGUAUUAUUCACCACCAAAAUGCCUUCUUUUCAAGUAGAAAUCCCCAAUUUGGGGAUUGGAUGAAAUACUGGUGACUAAUGUCUUUCACCACUGAAAAAUAACCAUACAAGCACAGCCUGUUUUGCUGGGGAUGUCACAUGAUUGACCACCACAGGAAAACACCAGCUAGAAACAUCUGCUUAAAUCAUAGUGAAGUUUCAAUUUAAGUAUAUGUAAAAGCAUAUCACCUAUCCCAUGUCAGGUCCACUAAGCUUGGGAUGUCCAAUUUUGAUUGCUGUGCAAAAUAUUUAGUUCUUCUAGAAGAAGAAUUCCAUUUUGUGGUUGUUGUGAGAACAGGCAUUGUCUUUUAUACUGAUUAUGAA